AUGCCCCCUGCCCAGGCCUAUGCCAACAUCUCCUUCUUCCAGCCACCUGCUUUCCUGAUGAUUGGCAUCCCAGGGAUGGAGGCCCUUCACGGCUGGAUCUCCAUCCCCUUCUCCUCCAUGUACACUGUGGCCCUCACGGGAAACUGCCUGAUCCUCCUGGCUGUGAGGAGGAUGCCCAGCCUGCACCAGCCCAUGUACUACUUCCUGUCCAUGCUGGCCCUCACCGACGUGGGCCUCACCUUGUCCACACUGCCCACCACCCUGGCUGUGCUCUGGUUUGACCGCCGGCUUAUCGGCUUCAACGCCUGCCUGGUCCAGAUGUUCUUCCUGCACUCCUGCUCUGUGGUGGAGUCGUCAGUGCUCCUGGCCAUGUCGUUUGACCGCUUUGUGGCCAUCUCCAACCCCCUGCGCUACGCUGCUGUCCUCACAAACAACGUCAUCAUCAGGAUUGGGCUGGCCGUGGUGGCUCGUGCUGCCCUGUCCCUCUUCCCAGUGCCCUUUCUGCUUAAACGUCUGAACUUCUGCCCUGACAAGAUCCUCCUGUCUCAUUCCUUUUGUUUCCAUGCAGAUGUCAUGAAGCAGGCUUGUGCUGACAUUACUGUCAACAUCAUUUAUGGACUCUGUGCAGUUCUAUCCACAGUGGGUGUAGACUCCCUGCUUAUUGUCCUGUCCUAUACUGUCAUUCUUCAUAUGGUGAUGGGGCUGGCCUCUCCCCGGGAGCGUCUUCGGGCCCUCAACACCUGCGUUUCUCAUAUCUUAGCUGUGCUGGUUUUCUACAUCCCUGUCAUAGGUGUGUCCAUGAUCCACCGUUUUGGGAGGCACCUGCCUCACAUUGUACACGCUCUGGUUGCCUAUGUGUACCUGGUGGUGCCUCCUGUGCUCAACCCCAUCAUCUACAGUGUCAAAUCCAAGCCCAUCAGGGAGGCCAUGCUCAGGGUGCUGAAGAGGAAGGGCCACGGCUGAUGAAACUAAGGAACAGCCGUAGGAUCUGAGAGGGAAAUGUUGCCUAACAGUCAUAUCUUAUACCCAACAAGCCCUUAUCUAGAGCACUGACCCCAUCACCUUGUCAAGAGUAUGACAAUCUAUUGGAUACUUUCAGAUUGAUGGGGAACAACAGUCUCCAUUCCUUCAUGCCCUCAAUGACUUCAGAUAUUUUGUCCA